AUGGAAGGCGCAAUUAGGGAAUACUAUUCUUUGUUGACUGAAUCUGAUAAACAAGAGUAUAAUUCUUUAAGGCAAUCUCUUACUUCCUCUGAGUGUAGAAACUGUCGACAUAAAAGAUUAGAAAAUUUCAACGAUAUGCUGCAAAGAAUUCACAAAUAUAUUAAUAAAAAUGAUGGUGAUGACUGGAAAAGAGCACUUGUAUGUGGAGUCUGUUGGAUAAGUGAUGGAAUUGCGAUAAAUACGCACCAAUUAUCUUAUCUCCUCGGAAAAUGCAAAAGCUCGAUAAAUGGAUCUCUUCACAAGCUUCAGUACUCCCCAUUCCCUUCCAGUAACCAAGCUUCUAAAGAAUUGAUGGAAAUUAUUCCUCGACUCAAAUCAAAUUUUGCUGAGUUGAGACAAUGGACGCUCAGAAAGCACGUGAUUAUGACGCCACAGCCUAAUAUCAUCCAUGAAGUUACGCCAACUUCGCUUACUCCCGUUCCUCAGAUCGAUUUCGACCCUUCAAGCGCUUUACCUGUCCAAACGAGUACAGAGGUUGCCUCAGUUGGAUCAGCAGAACCGUUCUUCGAUGAUGACUACAUGUUACCAUUUCAACAAUGGGCCAACAUCGAUGAAUAA